AUGCGCCCUCAAGAUGAUCUCGACCUCGAGAGGAAACCAUUGCUCGACCGACGCUCGCGGAAACUGUUUCAGAUCCUGAACUACAACUGGGCGAUCUUCCCUCUGACAGCCCUACUGUCAUUUCUAAGUACGACCAGCCAGUUUCCUCUAAAUUAUCCCACUAAGUCCACUGCAGCAGUCUACAGCCUCAUGGUCUGGGCCGGAGUCCCCGACGCUAUUGUGAAGCCGGGUGUGCUCUGGACCCGCGAUUGCACCAUCAUCACACUCAUCAUCGGGCCAUUUCUGCUCGCCCAAUUUCCCCCAUACUACAUUCUUUGGGGAAUGUGUCUCCCCGUCCAACCAUUUUCAUACGCCAACGCCCCCAAGCAGAGAUCCUUUCGCAGUUUCCGGGUCUGCCUCGUCACCAAAGCGACCAACAUCCAGGGAAUCGAGCUCUGGAAACCACUCAGCCAAGCCUUCCGCAUCACUUUUGUCGUGGUCGUCGACUCCGCUCACAACCCUUUCAGGGACCUUCUCCCAAGCUGGGUCGAACAGCUACAAGUCCCACCCUCCUUCCAAGCCGAACGCGCUACCCACAAAGCUCGCGUGCUGGAAUGGUACCGCCGACACAGUAAUCUGACUGAGCGUGACUGGGUGCUCCAUCUAGACGAAGAGACGGAGAUCGACGAUUAUCUUAUGCAGGCGUGUCUGGAUUUCAUCGAGCGGGGGUCAGAUGAUAUCGGGAUGGGAACAAUCUACUACAACGCCUCCUCCCACUGGAAGAACCCCUUCACGACCGUCGCAGAGAUCCUGCGCAUUGCCGAGAACUUCGGAAGAUACCAGCUUCCCGUGCGGUUCUUCGGGCAGCCGUUGCUGGGGUUCAUGCGCGGCAGUUUCUUGUUGUUGAAUGGACAGGUCGAGAACGCCGUGACAUGGGAUACGGAUUGCAUGACGGAGGAUCAUUGGUUUGCGUUUUAUGCCGCAAAGCAAGGCUUCAAAUUCGGAUGGCUGAACGCGAUCGCGCGCGAACAGGCGCCCGCCACCAUCGCGGACCUCCUUCGCCAGCGCCGACGGUGGUACAGCGGGGAGCUGAUGAUUCCCAGCUGGCCGCUGCGCGUGAUGGUGGCGUUUAAUAUUUGGGCUGACGUUGACGCUGCUUAUAGAAUGAUGACGAUGAUUUAUGGUGGCUGGAUGAUUUCCGUUUCGUAUGGGUUCUUUGCUUGGACGACGUUCAACCUGGCUGUGCUGCUGCAUGGGAGAGUGGUCGCUUGUCUGAUGGAGGAUCUGGAUUGUCAUACCACCGCGUUGCUGGAUGUUCCGGUUCAUGUGGUGUUAACGGUUCUACUUGCGCCGGUGGUGGAUCUGGUGCAGGCGGCGACGUUUUUGUGGACGGUUGUGUGGCCGACGAGGGAGUUUACGGUUAUACGGAAGCAGUGA